UAAUAAACAAAACAAAGCGCAGAUGGUUAAGAUCCAUACGCUGGGGAGCAGUCCAAGAAUGUCUUAUUAAAUUCUAUAAACUUGUUAAUAUUUCCACUCUUGAAAAUUAAAUUUUAUUAAUUUUUUAAAAUCGAGCAAGUUUUAUCAACAAAAUUUGAAAAAGAUUUUUUUGUUUCCUAGCUAUGGUUUCUGUCAAAGUCUGUUUUGAUUAUGAACCGGAACAAGCAGAUGAAUUAGCACUCUUAACUGGUCAAAUUAUAAAUAAUGUCAAUAUGCAGGAUGGUGGAUGGUGGGAGGGGGAAAUCAAUGGAAAGCGUGGAGUUUUCCCUAGUAACUUUGUUGAAGUCAUAAAAGAUACCAACCCCAGUCAAUCAUCGUUAUCAGCUACUGCAAAAAUUACAAACUCUGCAAAAAAGGCAAAAGUUGGAUUUCGUUAUGAACCUGAACAGGAUGAUGAAUUAGCAUUAGAGGUUGGUGAAAUUGUAGAAAUUUUAGAUGAUAGUGAUGAUGGAUGGUGGAAAGGUAAAUUAAAUGGAAAGGUCGGAAUGUUUCCAUCGAACUUUGUAGAAAUUUUUAAAGAAGAAAUAAAAACUUCACAAUCAAGUAACUUACCACUAGCUCUUCCAACUUUACCAACAUCUCCUGUUGAUCUUGAUGCUCCAGAUACAAAGAUAGAGCGUACAAAGUCCCAAGGUGGUGUUGGAUUUGGAUUAAAACUUGAAGAUUUAUCUAGAAAUAAAUUAAAAAAGGUUACAAAAGAAGUGGAGGAUCCAAAAAAACCUAUUCAGAAGGUUAACCCAUUAGAAAAUAGCAAGCCAGAGACUCCAAAGCCUGUAGCAGCUCCACAUCGCAAUUUUGACUUGGUUCAGUCUUCAGUUUCUGAACCAAAUAAAACUAUUCAAAAAGCUUUGGUGACAUAUGCUUAUGAGCCAGAACAAGAUGAUGAAUUGGCUCUUACUGUUGGUGAUAUUGUGGUAAUAACUAAUACUAAAGUGUUUGAAGGUUGGCUUGAGGGAGAGUUAAAAGGAAAAGUGGGUUUAUUUCCUGAUAACUUUGUUGAGCUAUUACCAAUUGAACCAUUUAAAGAAGAACCAGGGUGUGAAAUAUCAAAGUCUAAUUUCUCCAAAAAUUCUCUUAAAAGAGCAGCUAAAGAAAAUCCAGCUAUUAAAACUGAAUCCAAGAUGGACUUAACAGAUGUGGAAAAGCUAAAGCCUCAAGUGGGAUUAAAUAUAGCUACUGACAGCAGCAUCUUGAAGCAAGAAUUAGAAGCAAAACUUUCAACAAGCAAUCAAAGUGAGGUUAAAAAAGGAAAACUACCUCCUCCACCUGGUAAUAAACCAAAACCAUUGUUGCCUGUGCAAUCAAAACCUAAGCCUCAAGCUCCUGGUCCACCACCAAAGUCUGAAAAGCCUGAUGGAGAUACUUCAUUGCUCCAAAAAGGUAUGGGACUUCUUAGUCGUAUCGGAUCUACAUCAACUCCUAAAGUUUCUGAUAAGGAAACACAAAAAAUACCAGCUCUUGUUCCAGAGACACAAAAAGUACCUGUAACUGUUCCUGAAAAGGAAGCACAAAAAGAGAAUGUCAAAAAAGAUUUUUUAACAUCAAAAAUAAAAGAAACUUCAAAAACUCUUUCUGAUGAAAGCAAGUCUAAUAAACAAGACGAUAUAGACCUAGACUCAAUUAAACCAACAGAACAAUUAAAGCAUAUGCAAAGAGUCAAAGUUCCUGGCAAGAAUCCACCAUCCACAAUUCACAAACAUAUCGAAAACACGGAUGAUAUCAAUGGGCUGAAAUCUCAAAUAAUUACGCUUACUGAAAAACUGACGGACAUGGAGAAACGUUUUAAAUUGCUCAUUUCUCAAGUAACAGAAGACCUGGAUAACGAAAGAAAAAUUAGACUUAAUCAACAAGUUGAAAUAGAUCGUCUGAAGAAACAAAUGGCGUUGUUAACAGAUCCGGAUAAUUAAAUGUCUAGAUGUUGCAACUUCAUUUUGUCCUAAUGUUUUUAUACCGUCUCUAUACAUGUUUUUAUGGUUUUUUGAAUAGAUUUUUAUACAAUUGUUGUUUUUUGAAGUUGCUUUGUUAACAUUUCACUAAAACUAAUUAAAGAUGACUUUUCUUUUUUUUUUAAGAUAUUCGAUGAUUUUUGUUAAAUCAUUUUGAUUAUCUUACUUUUGAUAAAUGAAUAUUACCAUCUUUAAAGGUUAGCUUCUUUAAAGGUUAUAGAAAGAAAAACGUUGUUUUGUAUUAUAUUUGAUUAUUACUAUUUUUGUAUAUUGUAUUGUAUUAAUUUUUACCUUGCUAUCGAAGCGAGAGUUAACGA